AUGAUCCCCUUCUGCGGCUUGUGCUCAAAAGGUCUACGCGAAGUCAUAAAGUCCAAACCUAGACCCACCGGUUUGAAAGCAUUUGUAGCCACUACAAGCGAUGGUCUAAUGCUCGACUUUGAAGUCUAUCAAGGGGCUAACACCCCAUUCACAGAUAAAUCUCUAGGUGUGGGUGCAGCAGUUAUUUUGCAUCUUUCCAAAUCCAUUCCCCCAGGAAGUUGCAUUUACUUCGAUCGUUAUUUCACGUCAAUACCUCUCAUGGAAAGAUUAUCUGAAAAAGGAAUGCAUGGCACAGGAACGGUUAUGAUGAAUAGAAUACUUGACAAAAAAUAUAUGACUUUUAAAAAUGGCCGUGAAAUGAACCGAGGAGAUACUGAACAAUUCGUAAAUAAUGGUGUUGUAAUUGUGCCCUGGAUGGACAACAAAUCCGUUCUGGCGGCAUCCAAUUGCACUUCGGCAGACGAUCAUAUUUUCGUGAAGCGAUGGAAUAAAAAGGAGAAUGCAUACAUCGAUGUCAGGCAGCCCCUUAUCGUUGCCAAUUAUAAUCGGAACAUGGGAGGAGUUGACGUCCUCGACCAAUCAAUCGAGUAUAAUCGAACUUUUAUGAAGACCAAAAAAUGCUUUGAAGAUCAUGUUACAUUUUUUUGA